AACUCAAAUCAAUCUUUUGUGUUUUGCAUUUUCUCUUCAACGCUUGUCCUUUUUAUCAUUUCCUUUCCAAAGAAAAGAAAAAUGAUUUCUGUCUCCGAAAUUGUUCUCUGCAUACAUGAGAAUGUCUAUGGAACAUGCAUUGGAGUUAACGUCGCUAACAAUGCUAAAGUAUUUGAGUAUGCUCAAGCUACAUUUGUAGAGAACGGUGACAACGAUGAUGACGUUAUCUAUGAUUAUGCUCCAGCAGCAUGAGUGGAUCAUAUAUUUAUUAGGCUAAACUAUGAUUUUGUACCUCUUAUAUUAUUUGUUUAAUGGCCUUAGGGCGUCUUUUAUGUUUGUCUGUUUAACACUUUCACUAUAAAAUUCGUCGAACAUU